ACCCGCCCAGAAGUAGAGGGGAUUAUGGUUUGAAGAUCACAAAAGACUGAAACAGGGCAAACUAGUAGCUUAAGGCUAGACGAAAGGUAUAAGUCUGCUAGGACGAUAAGGCACCUGCGCAGUCGGCAUCCAAUAUAUAUAGAACUACAGGUUGAUGAAGUUGUGUGACAGAUCAGAGUCAGAAUCCGAAAUCUAGGGGAUCGUAAGGAAAGUCAGUAAUGGGUAAUGAAUUUCUCGUUCAAGAGGAUGGGUAAAUGUGAGACUACUAUCGUAAAGAACAAGCUCACACUUGAGAUAGAGAAUAAGUCCGCCAUGGGUCAGUUGAGAAAAAGAGGGCAAGACAGAGAUUAUGCUGGUACAAAUUGCGAUAAACAGAUGAUUAAACAGGGAGUUGAUGACUCUGCUUUACAUUUUGUUUCUUGAAAACUAUGAAAUAUUGCUAUUGUACUGCUUCACAGAAUCUCACUAUGUUAAUUUGAACUUAUGAAAUUAUACGUUUUCACAGGGUAAAGGGUUUUGACUCGAAAAUGGAGUGGAGGGACCAAGCAGACACUGCUAGUCAUGGGAAGGGCAUGGAUGUCGUUUAGGAUAUAGAGGGGCUCUCAUUUAAAGGCCACGCCUUGGGGGUUUAGUCGAAGUCAUUAAAAAAAUAGAUUUAAAUUCAAUGUUUUAAAUAAGAUUGUAAGACAGUAUCUUUUAGAUGUUGUGUAGGACAAUAUAGUUUAAGGUGUAAAUGAAAUGUUUGAGAAAGUAAAAAGAUUUGUUUUAGAAAUAUCAUCAAGUCAUUCGGGUCUUUGUAUCAUCUGGUACUCGGACCUAGUGAUCGGGUCGGGCCUAGGGUGUUAGAAGAACUGAAACAUGAGAUUGUUGCACUAGAAAUCGAGUUUGGUAAGACAAAAUCAAAGCUAUAUGAACUAGAGAUAAGAAGGAUGCGGAUGGUGGAAGCUUUGAAUUUUUUCUAUCAUCUCCACCAUGAAGAGAAGACACACAAAGUGAGCACCGGUGAAUUUGAUUUUCAACUUUGAGAACUCAUCCACCAUCACAAGGUCUACCGUGUAAGAAAUAAUAAGAAGCUGAAAUGGUUUCAAAAGAUUAAGAUGUAUUGUUCCUCCAUUGAUGAAUGGAAGGAGUUGUUGGUAGAACUCGUGAAAAGUGUCGAAGAAACUAGCACGAUGUUGCGUCCUCAAGAGGAUUGAUUUUUCAAACGGGAAGUAGCAGUGGCAGCUUAUCAUCCUCCUCCUCCUCCUCCAAGCCACCGCAGCAAGAUAUUGAUGGACUGCUCGCCGGUGCUGGUUAUAAAGUCCGGUCGUCGGAGCUACGACAAGUAGCUCAGCGACUGGAACGACUCGAAACCGCCAUGGGUAAUUCGCCUGCAGAUUUCUCUCAACUUGCCUCCGAUGCUAUACUCUAUAACCCUUCUGAUCUGGCCUGCUGGGUCGACUCGCUGCUAACUGAGUUCGCUGAGCCUCCUCCCACUUGCUCCUCCGACUUCAUCGUGGAUCCUGUAAACAAUCAAACGGUGGUAAACAGCGCGUGGACCGCCGCCGAACCUCAUACACCGCAGGUGCACCAGAAUAUUACUUACGACGAGCAACAGAGUUUGGAUAAUCAGUUGACGGUUGUCACGGCCAUGGAAGAAGAUUCGGGUAUAAGGCUGGUCCACAUGUUGAUGACUUGUGCUGAGUGCGUCCAAAGUGGAGAUCUCUCAUUGGCUACUUCAUUGAUCGACGACAUGCAAGGGUUACUGACUCAUGUCAACACCGUUUGCGGUAUCGGUAAAGUUGCCGGACAUUUUAUCGACGCUUUAAGCCGACGUAUUUUCCAAGGAAUGGGCGGUGGCUCUGUCAACGGUGGUUCGGCUUUUGAGAACGAGAUUUUGUAUCAUCAUUUUUACGAAGCUUGUCCAUACUUGAAAUUUGCUCACUUCACGGCCAAUCAGGCGAUCCUCGAAGCUUUCGACGGUCACGAUUGCGUACACGUGGUGGAUUUCAAUUUGAUGCACGGCCUACAAUGGCCAGCUUUGAUACAAGCCCUGGCUUUACGUCCUGGCGGACCUCCUUUGCUCCGUUUGACUGGCAUUGGACCGCCGUCACCAGAUGGCCGUGACUCACUUCGCGAGAUCGGUUUACGACUCGCUGAGUUGGCUCGGUCCGUCAACGUUCGCUUUGCCUUCCGUGGAGUCGCGGCUUCCAGGCUGGAAGACGUUAAGCCUUGGAUGCUUCAGGUGAAUCCAAAAGAAGCGGUGGCAGUUAACUCCAUCAUGCAGCUUCACCGUUUACUCGGAUGCGAACAGACCCGGGAUUCUCCUAUCGACACCGUGUUGAGCUGGAUCCGGGGCUUAAACCCGAAAAUUAUGACAGUGGUGGAACAAGAAGCAAACCACAAUCAGCCCGGUUUUCUGGACCGGUUCACGGAAGCUCUUUAUUAUUAUUCAACGAUGUUCGAUUCUUUAGAAGCUUGCAGGAUUCAGCCGGAAAAAGCUUUAGCCGAGAUAUACAUUCAGAGGGAAAUAGGGAACGUAGUGAGCUGUGAAGGGUCGGCUCGAGUGGAAAGGCACGAGCCAUUGGCUAAAUGGAGGAGACGGCUGAGUGGAGCCGGGUUUAGGGCAUUGCGCUUGGGGUCCAACGCGUUUAAACAGGCUAGCAUGUUACUCACAUUGUUCUCGGCGGAAGGGUAUUCAGUGGAAGAAAAUGAAGGGUGCUUGAGUCUUGGUUGGCAUAGCAGCCCUCUCAUCGCGGCUUCGGCUUGGCAAGCCGUGCCAGCGUGGGAUAAUCAUAUGUCAUCUUCAUAGUAGGGGCAGGGUAAUAGUAACUAAGAUCUUGCUGUAAAUCCAGAGUAAUUUGGUUAUCUUUUGAAAUUUUUAUCUUUUUUACCUUUCAAUGCAUUUCACCAAACCAUUUUCUAUAAAAUUUUAUUUCAGGAGAA